AGAAGCAAAUUUUUUUUUACAGUCAGUAGGUUAUAUUUCUUAAUCACUGUGGAGACACUGAUGGGUGGACGAAUACAUUUUUAUCAACUUGGACUCCUUAGUUUCUGGAUUAGCAGGCACAUAAAACAUAGUUUGUUGGCUGAGCCGUAGCUGUAAUGAGAAACUGUUUUGACAGGAUCAUUUAAUUCUGUAAAAAGGAUAAGAUGGUAAAGAAGAUUCCCCAUUCAGUUUAGAGAUCAUCUUUAUUUCUCCAGUCUUAAUCUUCCCAGUAACUUGGUCUACGAUUUUUUUCUUGUCUGUGUCUUAUGUAAGAGUGUAACCUACAGAAUUUUGCAACUCUCCAACUAUCUUUGCUAAACAUGUUUGUUGAAACAAAGUCCUGAGGCAGUUUGAACUCUAGAUAAACGAAUUUGAUUUUGGUAGGGCAGAGGCAUUUAAAAAUCACAAAUACGUACAGAAUAGAAAAACAUUUAUGUCAACAGGAAAUACAUCAGCCAGACAGCUGAUACAUGUGAGGUGGCUGGCAUAAGGGAGAAUGGCAAAAGACUGUUUGCGUCUCCUAAUCCAAAGGGCUUGCUCCAAGGAAGUGUGUCAUUGCUAGGUUAACAGUUGGGUUUGAUGAUCUUAAAGGUCUUUUCCAACCUAAACGAUUCCAUGAUUCUGUGAUUCUCCUAGAGCCUGUGCACUAACACUAUGUUUCUAUAAUGGGAAUAGUCUUAAUGUGCUAAAGGCUGUGCGCCUGUUGGGAGAAGGAAGAAUUCCUGCCAUAAAUGAUUACAAAUCCAAGGUUAACUGUUAAAGUACUGCUUUGUUAUUCAUACCUACUGGAUGUUUUUUCCAGAUAGGUGAUCUGUUACUGUAUGGCCAGAAAUCAAUUGUUCUACUUUUGACUUCACUUCUCUAAGGGUAUGUGUAUUAUUCAGUAAUAACAUAGAAGAACAAGUGCAAAAGGAAGAUGUGCAAGAGAGUUGUCUGUGGUUUGAGUGGCAGAAUGAAGCUUGAGAGAGAUGAGUUUUAUGUCCUGUGGAAAUAUAAAUUUGCUGCAUGUGCAGCUCAAGUGAGCUGCUUAAUCUCUUUGCAUCUAAUUUCAGAAGGGUUGCUGGGAGCAUAGUUUAAUACUUGCGAGAUGGAUGUCCAAAGAGCCAGAUUUGUAAGAGAUACUUGACUAAGUAUCCAUCCCAAAUGAUUUCUACUAACUUAGGUGCUCAGGUGUAUUUGUGUGUGCUUCUCUGUGUGCCCACUGCUAAUUAAAGGACAUUUUUAAGGCAAUUCUCUGCAGCCAUGAAGAUUCUGUGCAGAUAUCUCUAAUUAAUUGAGUAGGGAAUUUUUCCUUUCCUCUUCCAAUCUCUGUAGAAGCAAACAAGGAUCCUAAAAUAACUGCAUUAAUCCAUUAGGAAAUUCUCCCAGUGUGUCUGGGACAGAACAGUUCUCACUGACCCACUACUAUUCUGAAUCCCCUCUACUUUACCAAGAAUACAUAUUCUGGUACUGUGUUUCACAUCAUCAGGGAUUUGGACCCAGAUGACCUCUGGAGGUCCCUUCCAACCGCAACUAUUCUGUGAUAGUCCUGUCCUAUCCAUUAUUUGUAGAUCUCCAUAAAGCUUGUUUUACUUUUUUAUGAGGUAUGUCCCAGAUUUCUUUUCUCUUUUCUUGGUCAUUCUUAGUUCUGUUACAUUGUUUGCCAUAGUGUGGUUGGUACCUGAGAACCUCAGUUGUGGGCCAGAGUGCUACCGCAUUAGUUGCUGUACAAAUGUAACGUGAUGCUGUAAUGCUUGUACAAAUGUAACAUUCCUCAUGCUGCAGAAGUUACCAUUCUAAAUGAGACGAGGAGAAUAAAAGAACGUGUUAAGGCAGUAUUAAUCAGCAUAGGUCAACAGAGGUAACAGGCCAGCGGUGUUUUGGGUAUUGAUAUGUUUUUGGGUAGGUGGUUUAGGUGUCAAGACAAAAGAGAGUUCAUGGAGAAGAGUUUUAGGGAAAAUAAUGAAGUAAUUUUGCAGAUAUUUCCAUGGAGUUUGUCUAAAGCAUGAGAAAAAGCAUGCAUGUUUGAAAUUAAUAUCUUCUUCGUCCAACUGAGUAUAGGAAUCAGCAUCUCAUCAGUAGGAGGAUAGGCCACAAAAUGCCUUUAAAAUGAGGACAGAAAGUUUGUAUUUGUUGUACUCUGAAAGUGGAAGGGAGCUAAAGGAUCUUGAGAAAAAAAUUAGAAGGCUCAGAACAAUGAUUUCAAGAGUGUCUUGAAACAACAUGCUGAAAAGUUAUGAAUGAUGCAAGACUGGGUUCGUCAAGGAAAAGAAUUCUGGAUACAGUGAGAAUCUGGGUGAAUGAACAGUCUCUUGUGGAGUUUAUACUAGAAGAUGUGGGGACCUCUAGAAUGUCAGGAUCUGUAAGAAGGCCGGGUUCAAGAGAUUGCUCGGACAGUAGGCCUGACUGACAGGCUGAAUGUGGCCUUAGUCAUGCCCUGUGACAGGACAAGAGGUGAUGCAGCAUCUGUUGGUGUUUUCUUUUUCUUUUAUUUUGCAGGCAGAGAAUAGAAUGCUGUAAACACCCACAGGGAAAUGUCACAGAAACAGGACCCAAACCAGAGAGGGAGAUACAAAAUAGAGCCUGAAAUAGCGAGUUAGCUAUUAGCCUGAAACAGGAGUCAGCUGACUGAAGGCAGUGAUGAAUAUACCAAAGUUGUUAAACUACAGCCUUGAGGACUCCCCACAUUUAGCAAAGAAGGACAGCUGUGAAGAUAAUUCAGUAAUGCUCUUCAAGCAGUAAUAGUAUCUUUUCCCAGACCGGUUUUAAGAUUCUUGUCAUGACUGAAAAUGGUGUUUAACAGGCAGAGUGAGCUAGCUGAAAUAUAGUCAGAAUCCUCUAAGACAAUAGUUGAUAAGAACAUGUUAACUACACUUAGUCACACUCAGUCUUGAACCUCAUCUGGCAGGGAUCAGCAUGAGCCUGAACCACAGGGUAGUUAUCAAAGAACUAGCUCCUAGGAGCCUCAAAUUAAUGACAGAGGCUUGAAGGGGACCUCCCAUACUCUGGGGAAGGAUGGAAGGGUAGAGGAAAGUAGCAGGAAGAAGAUGUGAAAGAAAGAAAUGGUUCUGCUGAGGGAGUAUUUAAUUUUCCAGUGUACAUCAGCAUUCUGUCUACAGAUUGUUGCAGCUUGCCUGAAGGAUUUCUGGAAGGACCACCUGCCAACCUACGAAUGGAAUCUUGCAAUUUUCAGCACAUUUUGUCCUGGCAGGCAGAAAGUGAUCCAACUGUGCCAACAUACUAUCGUGUGCUGUACACUGACCGCAGGAACUGGAAGACAGCUAAACAAUGUUCAGAUAUUACACAACUCUCCUGUAAUCUAACAGAUGAUUUUAAAGAGCAUUCCACUCAGUAUUCUGCAUUGGUUCAGAGCUUCAUAGGAACUGAAGUAUUCAAUUCUUCUGUACUUGAUUUUACGCCAUAUACUGACACAUUCCUGGGACCACCAGAAGUUACUAUCAGUUCCUGUCUAAACUGCAUAAAUGUCACCAUAAAGCUGCCAACCUCUCACUUCAGAGAAAAUGAAAAGCUGCUGUCUUUAAUUGAUAUAUAUGAAGAGCUUGAUUAUGAAAUAACCCUGAGAACCCUUGAUGGAGAGCAUAAGAGGCCACGUGAGAAAACCACUGAAGAAAUUUUUAAUACCGUCAUUGAAGAAUUGUAUCCAAAUAGAAAUUACUGUGUGUCUGUUAUGGUCACUGCAUCUAUGAACAAACAUUCCAUCCCAUCAGCCUGGAAAUGUAUGACUGCAGACUCUGAAGCUCAGCAAGAUUAUCACAUAGCUACAAUUACAGGUGCUAUAUGUUUUUCACUGGUGGUUGCUGCUGCCCUGAAGUGUAUGCAUGCAGGAGGUUAUAUUCUUCACAAAAAAUCACUUCCACAUAUCUUGGUAUUCAUCAGGACAUUAGCCUAUUCAGCUUGGACGCUUGAAUCGGAAGACGUAGCCUCUGUAGAGAUCAUUUACAAAGAUGUCAAAAAAAAGGCAAAUGAAUCCAGUGCUGGCGUCGAUGAUGAAGAUGACAGCGAUGACAGUGACAGUGAUGCCAUAAGUAAUCAUGACUAUACAAGGCGUGAUAUGAUCAGUGGAGUACCUCAUUCCUCUGACACUCCGAAUGUGUUCGUGCAGUAUUCUAUAAACAGUACGUGUGACGACAGCAGCAGCCAGGCAAGUGGAAAUCCAGACGCUGACCCAGAAGACUUUGAAGAGCACGAGGUGGAUGUUGAAGAAAACAAAGAUGCAAGUAGUGAGUUCCUUAACCCUUUUUCAGAUGUACAUUGUAACUAUGCUUCCAGUCAAAGGAACAGUGCUUGCUUUACCAUCAGCUUAAAAACGGUGCUGUUGGGAGCCUCUGAAGAGAGCGCGGACAAGUCUGCAGCUCUUCUUUCUUCCCAGGAAGAUGCAGUUGACUGGCAAUGUCCUCGUGCUUUUGAAUCAAAAAUCCUGGAUGACACAGAAAGUGUGCAGAAACCCCACAGUGGUAACGGCUCUCAUGAGUGGCAAAAUUCCUCUUGUUCAUCUGAUGAAAGUGACUCGUCAGAUUCAGAUAUGGACCAAAAAACUGAAUACGUAAGAAGAUGAAUAAAUGAGGACCGCUGUUGUUUUAUAACAUAUGACUUAAUAUUGUCCAACUUUAUUUCUGGACUCAACAUACAUACUUAUCUUGUCUUUUUGUUUUUAGCAUUCUGUGAGUAUAUGCCUGAAUGCUGGAAGUAUAUAAUACACAUUUUUAACCAAUAUUUCUCUCAUCUCUCCAGGUUUCGCUAGGUAUAGUUCAGGUUGGAUUAUCCGCAGAGAAAGAAAAGUGACUGUUCAGCUGCAGCAGGAAGAGCAGUUAUUUCAUUUUGCCGCUUGAUAAGUGAGUUGUGCUUUUUAGCUGUUAAGAAGAAAAUCUUUUCUGUAACUCAGCUGAGAAGUUCGUUUGUAGUACAGGAAGCUGUGAGUGGCUGGUCUCUCAACCAAGACCGUUUUUUAAUUUGAAAGGACUCUGCUGUUACUGUUUAGCUCCGUUGAUGGACUACUCUGAAACCUGUUCUGUGGGAUGGAUUGCUGUAUUCCAGUCAGUGAACAGACUUUCACAUUGGUGAAGAGGAAGCUGACCAACUGAAAUAAGGGGGGCAGAUCACAGGAGAGUUCUCAUUACUGUGAAUCGAGGCAUUAAGUACACCUUUUUAUAUUUUUUAUUGUAAUUUGUGCAAUUAUUGACUACUCCCCUUU